UCAGUCUGAAAGUGAACAAAGGAGUAAUGAGACUCCUUCUGAUACUAUUGUGUUCUUUCCUUCAGAGAAUAUAUGGAUCAGCUGGGACCUGUCCUAGCCACAGAGUUAUAGCUCAGGGGGGGAAACAGUUCAGUGUUAUCCCAGGAUCCCCUCCAAUAUCCCUGGGUUGUAAACAGGAUUCCCAGAUGAUGCAAGAUGAUAAGGGAGGCCUGCAUUGUUUGGCUAAAAAUCCAAAACCAAGAAAAUUAACGAAAGUUCAAUGUCAGAUUCUGCCAAAAAGCUGUGAUAAUGAGUGUGGAAGGGAGAACCCUCCCCCCCUGGUAACAAACAGAAUCCAAGGAGGAGAGUUUACAUCAUCUCACAGAUAUCCCUGGGUGGCCUCUUUACAAUCCAAUGGCAGGCAUUUUUGUACAGCUUCAAUAAUAUCUUCAAGAGCUUUACUGACUGCUGCUCACUGUAUAGGAAUUAAUACAAAUCCUCCAAAUAAUUUUACUGCUGUUGUUGGGAUCAAUGAUUUGAUUUCUGAAAUUAUGGAAGGCCAAAGAUUGAAGAUAAAGAAACAGAUUAUUCACCCUAAGUAUAUCAACGGAUUUAAAGAUUGGAAUGUCGAUUAUGACAUUGCUGUACUAAUAACAGAAAAUAUUGAAUUUAAUGAAAACGUUGGAACAAUAUGCCUGCCUCAGAAAGACACAUUAAUUGAAGAAGAAGAGGCUCUACUACUGGGUUGGGGGAAAGAUGAAGACCUUAAUAAAUUACUGACUGAUUACAAAAUAAUUACAGACCCUCAGAUGGAUCUAAUAGAAUUAUUUGCAUCCCUUCAAGACAACACAACAAUCGACUGGGUCAAUUUCAAAAAAAAAGAAACUGAUUUUCUGAAAAAACUGUUUUUCAGAUUUAAAGAGAUUUAUCAAAACUUUGAUAAGGUUUAUGAUCAAGAAUUGAAUUUCUUGAACCCUUCCAUAAGCAAUGAUAGUAAGAAUGCUCUGACUAUAGAAAUGACAAAUCUUCUAAAACCUGCAUUAGAAAAGAAAAUUCCAGAUUCUAUAGAAAAAGAAAGAAUUAAAUUGUACAUACUUGAAGAUAUUGAGAAAAUAUUUAAGGAAUUGCUCUUAGCUCCGAAUAAUACAGAGAUAAAAGUGUUAAAAGAUAAAUGCUCGCAGUGCAGCAAAAAUUGGAGCUGGUUGGUUCACUAUAUAGAGCAAGUCCACAACAUGCUAUCAGUUUAUUCAACCAACAAGCUGAAAGAAGCUAAAUCACACUUGUUAUCAAAGGACGAAUGCAAAAACAGCCAAAUUAAAAACACUUUUGGGCUUAUAAGAAAUGUAUCCUUUGAAAACUCUUCUAUGCUGUGCCUAAAGCCGAUUACUGGAAGCGGAUGUCCUGGAAACUCCGGAAGUCCUUCUGCCAUAAAGAUGGGCAGCAAGUUUGUUCAAGUCGGAAUAACGAGUUCUGUAAUGCACGAUCCAACGAAGCUUCCUAUACCAUGUGGAUGUGGUUGUAAAGACGGUGAUGGUGGUGGUAAACCUGACCUACAUCAACCUGUUAAUAUAUGUAUGAACUGGAUUAUUCAACAGUUGGAGACUAAUGAUGCAAAUCCUUGUCGAUUAAAUUAUCUAUAAUUUUUGGACCUAUAGUAAUUGCAAAUUUGCAGACUCACAGGCCAUUUUUUACAAAGGCGAAUUCAGAGGGGGGGGGGGGCUAUGGGGGCUAUGCCACCCCCCUGGACCAGUGAAAUCUAUUGAGUUCAGGGGAUUUUCAGGCAACGGGUGCUAGGCCUCCCCCCUUGGAAAGAAAAAAUAAUUUAAGCCCCUCCCCCCCUGGAUAAAUUCCUGAACACGGCCAUGCUUUUUUGAUUACUACAUUUAUAUCUUUACUUUAAAUUGUUGUGGUUUGGUGUUUUAUAUGUAUGUUUAAUUUCUUGUUAAAUAGAAUAUUUUAACUGACACAUAAUAUUUAUUUCUAAAAAAAAGGCAUAUUGUAGGAUUCGGCCAUGUAUCUAUAGGCUUAUAUGAGAAACAUCAAAACACCAUUAUGAUAAUUUUUAACGUUAUUAUUAUUAAAUAAAUUAUUAUUUUGUGA